AAUCGAGCGCUGAAGCAUCGGUCGGAUCAUGUCAAGCGGUUCUGCGGAUUUUAACAGCUCUAGAGACAGAGACCAUGGAGGCCCCGAAGGAAUGGAGCCUGAUGGUGUCAUCGAGAGCAACUGGAACGAGAUCACAGAUAAUUUCGAUGACAUGAAUUUGAAAGAAACCCUCUUGAGAGGAAUCUAUGCUUAUGGUUUUGAGAAACCAUCAGCUAUUCAGCAGAGGGCGAUCAUUCCAUGUAUUAAAGGAUAUGAUGUCAUUGCUCAGGCCCAGUCAGGUACUGGCAAGACAGCUACGUUUGCCAUCUCCAUCCUGCAGCAGCUGGAUAUAGAACAAAAAGAGACUCAGGCCCUGGUUCUGGCUCCAACCCGAGAGCUGGCCCAACAGAUCCAAAAGGUAAUUCUGGCCCUGGGUGACUACAUGGGUGCCACCUGCCACGCCUGUAUCGGAGGCACAAAUGUUCGAAAUGAGAUGCAGAAGCUCCAAGCUGAGGCGUACCACAUAGUAGUGGGGACCCCUGGACGUGUCUUUGACAUGCUUAACAGGAGAUACCUCUCUCCUAAGUGGAUCAAGAUGUUUGUCUUGGAUGAAGCCGAUGAAAUGCUGAGUCGAGGAUUCAAGGAUCAGAUCUAUGAAAUCUUUCAAAAAUUAAGCACCAACAUCCAAGUAGUGCUUCUCUCGGCCACGAUGCCAGCUGACGUGUUGGAGGUGACCAAAAAAUUCAUGCGAGAGCCCGUUCGCAUCCUGGUGAAGAAGGAGGAGCUGACCCUGGAGGGUAUCAAGCAGUUCUACAUCAAUGUUGAACGUGAGGAGUGGAAACUGGACACUCUGUGUGACCUGUACGAGACCCUGACAAUCACCCAGGCUGUCAUCUUCUUGAACACUAGGAGAAAGGUGGACUGGCUCACCGAGAAGAUGCACGCACGUGACUUCACCGUCUCCGCUCUGCACGGUGACAUGGAUCAGAAGGAGAGAGACGUGAUCAUGAGGGAGUUCCGUUCAGGAUCUAGCAGAGUCCUGAUCACAACAGAUUUGCUGGCUCGUGGCAUUGAUGUUCAGCAGGUAUCUCUAGUCAUUAACUAUGACCUACCAACCAACCGAGAAAACUACAUCCACAGAAUCGGACGAGGUGGCCGUUUCGGCAGAAAAGGAGUUGCUAUUAACUUUGUCACUGAAGAAGACAAGAGGAUUUUGCGCGACAUUGAGACUUUUUACAAUACUACUGUGGAGGAGAUGCCUAUGAAUGUGGCCGAUCUGAUUUAACUCCCCGGGCUGGUUUUUCUUUUAUGCGGUGCUCGCUGUUGCUGAAUAAACAGGUGCAUUUUGCUUCUUUUACCAGACCACAAUUUUGUCCAAUCUUGUCUCAAUGCUGAAGGCGGAUCAGAAACUCAAGGUUUUGCAAACUGAAGCGACUCCGGUCGCGGGUUCUCGUGAGGAUUGUCGUAGAGUACGGUCCUCCUCACCGUUAGACUGCUGGGGUGGGAAUUAUAGAUAUGGGGUCUUUAAAAUUAUUCUUUCAUAGGUAUUUUUUUCCUAGACCAAUAAAGGUGUGUGUACUAGAUGUUCUCUAUCGUUUAAUAGUUUACUUGUGGACUAAAAGGUAUAAGUGCUGUAUCAAGUCUGCCAACUUUGUGAAUUUAACAUAUUUGCAGUUACUGUAGGUUUUGGGUCAGAUGGAGCAGCCUUCCAAAUUAUUUAAGCACUUUCCAGUUAAUUUUGUGUCUGUAUAUAACCUAUUUAAUCGUGCAUAACCAAUAUAUCCAAAAGAAAAAAAACAAAAACCUCUUUUUAAACAUGGAGGUUUAUAACAAAGCACUUCAUCUUGAAAUGUAUUUGACCCGUUUGAAAAAUAAAGAGUAAUAUGGC